AUGGCUUUGGAUAUCGAAAUGUUCGCGGGAUUAUCAUUGGCUGACCCGCAAUUUUAUGUGCCGGGAUCAGUUGAUAUUAUUUUUGGCGCGGAUAUCUACGGGCAACUAUUGCGAUCGGGGUUGCGAAGUUUUCCUUCUUCGUCUCUGGUUGCACAAAAGACAGUCCUCGGCUGGAUUGUCUCCGGCCCUGUGCAUUCGGACGGUUCACGGCGGGCGGUCGAUCAUAAAUCAAUGCCGCUUCGAAUGCUACACAGUGCUGCAGAGCAGGACUUAGACCAGUCGUUACAACGGUUUUGGGCCUUGGAGGAGUUACCCACGGUCACUUCAACGUUAAAGCCAUUAGAUGAAGCAUGUGAAAAGCUAUUUAGGGAAUCGCAUGUUCGCAAUUCUGACGGUCGAUUCGUUGUGCAUCUCCCUUUAAAGUCUGAGCCUCCUGCUGCCGGUCCGGAAACAAAACGUAUGGCCGUGGGCUCACUUGCUCAUAUGUAUCGUCGGUUUGCUCGCGAUCCGAAAUUAGCUUUGGCAUAUCGCGAAUUUAUGACGGUCUACGAAAAUUUGGGACAUAUGGAGUGA